UAUGUCAAAUGGAAAACGUCCAAUGAUGCAGAGUAGUACUGGUACCUUCUCACAGGAAGGUGGUAUAUCAAAUGGAAACCGCCCAAUGAUGCAGAGUGGUACUGGUACCUUCUCACAUGAAGAUGGUAUGUCAAAUGGAAAACACCCAAUAAUGCAGAGUGGUACUGGUACCUUCUCAUUGGAAGGUGUGGCUGGUUCGGGAAGGCAAAAGUUUCGUAAGGGGGACCGUUCACGCCGCAUUUGGAUCUUCCGUGAAGAGGAGAUCUUAGCCGCCACUUUGCUGGAUCUAGUUGCUCACGGAUGGAAAUCCGACAAUGGAUUUCGUACGGGAUACUUGACCAAGAUCGAGGAGAGACUUCGUACGGAAUUUCUAAAUUGCGACAUCAGGAGGACUCCACACAUCACUUCCAAAAUCGGCACCUGGAAAAAGAGUUAUGGGAUUCUUAGAUCCAUCUUGAGUCGAACAGGGGUUGGUUUGAAUCUCCACAACGAUUUCAUGAUUGAUUGUGAUGGCGAGCAAUGAGAGCAAAUUGUCCAGGUUAUUACACUGAUUUGAUCCAAUUAUACAGUACUAUAUAGAUUUAUCGCUGAAGGUAUAGUUUUAUGGAUGUAAAGUUGAUUGUUUUGUUGGACAACGCUUAGAAAUUUAGGCAAUAGCAAAUUUGGUCGAAGUUCAUGACUUUUUUUAACCUAUAAACGUCAUUGUUUUGAUACCAUAUAAUGCAACCCAUUAUUAAUUCACACAUAGGAUAGGAAUGUCAUUGUUUUGAACCCAUAAAAUAUAAC